AUGUAUAUGAAACGAAGAUGGUAUCAAGAUAGUUAUUUGGACUACGGGUUCACAUAUCUUGUCAAGGACGGUGCACACAUCCCUCAGCGUGUUGUGUGUUUGAAAACCUUCUCUAAUAGCAUCAUGAAACCUUUCCAACUGAAGCAGCAUCUGGCAAAUGCUCAUCCACAGUUGAAAGAUAAGAAUCGUAGCUUUUUUGAGGUGGCCAAGGCAAAGAAACCCCACACGAUUAGUGAAAGCCUUUUGAAACCAUGUAUCGUUGACAGUUUGAGGCUUAUGUUAGGAGGGAAGUCAUCACAGAAGAUGAAACAGAUCUUGUCCAACAACACCAUCAAGAACAGAAUUGCAGAAAUGUCCGAAGACAUUAAGGAAAAUGUGGUGUCAAAGCAGAAGCUGCCUGAUUUAAAAGGAACACACUGCUUGAUCCAUAGAGAAGCUCUCGCCUCAAAGACAGUUCCAAAGAACCUUCAUGAUGCUUUGACUGUCAUCAUAAACAUUGUUAACUAUGUGAAAGGAUCAGCCUUGAAAACUCGCCUCUUUCGCGAACUUUGUCGGGACACUGCUCUUUUAUUUCACACACAAGUGCGAUGGCUUUCGAAAGGGAACAUGCUGGCGCGGGUCUUUGAACUGCGGGAAGAAAUAAAGUUGUUUUUGAGUUACAGCAAUAAGGUGGACCUGCUGUCUGCCUUCAACAAGGAAGGGUUUGUAGUACAAAUGGCUUAUCUUGCUGAUAUUUUUGAAACUCUGAAUGAACUAAAUAAGAAAUUACGGGGACAAAGGAGCAACGUGAUUGUGCACACGGACACCAUCAAUGCUUUCUUUCAUGGCUAA